AAGCGUAUAGCAUCUGAUUGUCGAAAACGUAAUAGACAUGCAGUAUUAUAUGAACAAUUUACAAUGAUACCAUUAAGGGGACGAACAAUAAUGAACUUGGAUUGGAUCUAUCAUCAGCACAGUCAUGUUUGUUAUGAAUUACUAUAUUGUUAUCAGGAAAUAUGGAGUAAUGCCUUAUACGGUUAUAUAAUAAUAAGCAUUCCAUUUAAUGUAAUUGCUGUAACCACUUUAUUAACCGAACAAUUAAAAUCGAUGGAAAUGAUUAUACAAUAUUUUAUCAUCAUAACACAUGCGGCAAUAACUGUAUUGUCUUUGUUCCAAUUCUCACAGGAAACAAAACUUCUAAAUGAAGCAAAAUUCUAUCUAGUACCUAUCAUACAAUCGUUGGUAUUCUAUAAUAGAACUGUUCACAAUAGAAUUGGAUCUUUAUUUGGAUUUUAUAAUAAUAAUCUAAAUCUAUCAAAAACUUUAGGUUUAAAAAUGAAAUAUGCAGAUCUAUUCAAUAGAUUGACAAAUGGACGAAAAUAUGGACCAAAUGUUUCAACAAUUGGUGUAAUCACCAAUAUGUUUAUAUUCAAUAUGGUAAUUACUUAUGUCGGUGUAUUCAUCUUUAUAUUAUCUCAUCUUGAUUUUAUCAAUUAA